AGCGCCGCAGCCAUCCCGCGCCCCCGGCCUGCGGGGCAGGGGCGCUCCGGCGCUGCGCCGGCCAUGGCCGUGGCCGUUGCCAGCGGGCUGCGGGCACAGUGGACAUCGGGGCCAGCACGCGACGCUGGCAUGCGCAGGCAGUCGCGAUGCCUCGCGGCGUCGGCGGCCAUGCUGCUGGUCGCUCAGCUAAUCUGCUCCACCCGCUUCCACGCCGCGAUGCCAGGCUGGACCUUCGCUGGCUGCCGCGUGGCCGACCACUUUCAGCUGAGCGGAGACCGGCGACCUCGGACCGUCGCCAUGCAGGGCGGAAGAGGCACGCUCCGCUGGACGAUCGCGCAGGAUCCAAAGUACACGGGCUUGAUCGAAGUGCGGGACGUCCCAGACAGGUUCGGGCCGCAGGGCUCAGGAGCUCCGGCGGAGGCCAUCACGCACCACGAGGUCGUGCCGACCGGGGCGCUGCAGCGGUGGAAGUUCACCCAAAUGAACCUGAAGGGCUAUCUGCGGGCAUUCGUCCGUUUCCCUGGAAGAACACCAUGGAAGAGGAUCGGCGAGCUCUCUAGCACGACGGGUGACUUCGAGGAGGCUAUUCGCUGCCAGUGGACGCUGAUGCUCAGGCGCAGUUUCAAUUUGUACCCGAAAGUUAGAUUCUGGUUGCCUUCUGACCAACCCAUCGAGUUUGGGUACGCUGACGAGAACGCGGACAUCGUCAGCGUGAAAGACCCACUGCCAGAAGGUAUUUGGUCUCAGGACCUGAAGCAGAUGCUGAACAGAUGCGGCUUCCUCGGUGGCGAGAAGGAGAUGGUUUAUCAAAAAGGCCAGAAUGUGAGGAAGGCGAUGUGGGGCCCUCACGGUUUGAAGAAAGGCUGGCAUUUGACAGGCCGUAGUCAAUUGCAAUACCGCGAUCUACUCCGACAGCCCGAAAAUGCCCAAAAGUGGGCGAACAGGGCGAUCCAAAGGAACAAGUAUCAGGUGAAGGGCACGGGCAUCCGUGCGGUCGAUUGGUUUGGCGGCAUGGGCCGCUGGGCGGUGAAGUCGCACUUCCAGGGGGUGGUUGCCUCCAACAACGCGGGGUCGGUGCGGAAGACGAAGAAGCAGCUGAAGUACCCGAGCGGCGGGAGGGACAACGUGCAACGGAAGUGGCUGCAUAAUCGCGCGCUCCGCACAGCAAGGCCGCCAGAGGGGAUACCGCGUUCGGCCCCGAAGCGCCAGAACCUGGUCCCGAGCGAGGAUCCGAGGAGGAAGUGGUGAGCGGCCCGCGCGUGCUCCCGCGCCCGCGAGCGCGGGGGGGCAGGAGGGCAGGAGGGAGGCGGCAGCAGGAGCCGCCUCUUCGCGGCGGCGGCGCCUCUGGGAUCGCGCCGCGGGCGGAAACGGGGGCCGGCCGCCGCGGCGGCGGAGCGAAGGCUGGGCGCGGCCCCGGCUCAAGGAAGGGAGCGCUGGCUCGGG